AAACCGACCUAAAACACCUACAAUUCGCAAUGUGCGCCCCGAAAAACCCCAAAAAAUAAUUAUUUGGGCCAAAAAACCCACAAUUACGACCGACACAAGCGUCCCCUGUCGGCGACUAUUACGCAACUAACCUAUCAACAAAAACGUCAAAACUGUAAAAAUGACCGCAAAAAAUCUAAAAUAAUCGAGCCCCCAUGGAUGGUGUGGUUGGUUUGGGCCACUUUUGUGAGAGUCACGGCCCGUGUGUUAUUCUAGCGACUCAAAGGUGUCAAGAGGAGCCCCGACAGUACCCCCAUAGUCUCACAGUGCCCUGGUGUGAGUCUUGCCAGUCAAUUGACUUGGACCAGUCUUUGGUCAGUAAGGACGAAGGGGUUUGUUAUGUGACCACGCGGACGCCCCUGCAACAGGAUGUGGCCUUUUUGUUGAAACAAGCGGCCGUGAGGAGUCUCAGCUGUGAGGAGACGAAGGAAGGGGGCACCAUGUACUUUGGGGAUAGCGAAAGGGGGCACGUUUUGAGUCACACGUUUGCGUUGCAGGAUUCACUAGCCAGGGGGUUUCACCGGAAGUAUAGCAUUUUAAUACUGAUGCGAGACAAGAUUCAUUUGCUGAAUUGUUGGCCGAUUUUGACGAAAAAUAUCAGAGAAAUUGCGUCGGAUUUGCAGGCCAAAGCGGCGGAAAUCAACGGAGUUGAGCAGACUCAGUGCUCCCAGAGGGCUGUAAGACAGGCCCAGGGGUCCCCGAGCAGCCCCGCGCGCUCGUUGUCGCAGUUAACCGGUGAACCGGCCGUUUUUGCCCAUCUACAUAUGUGGUUCACUUGGCUUUUAACCGUCGAACCCUUUGUAGAAAAGCCGAGCAACGCCCCCGAAAUCCCCAUUAGUUGCGCCCCUGCAGCCCUGAGGGCUCUUUUCAAAGACAUGGACCGCGAAAUAUUCCGCAAAGCCGUCUAUUGCAUCCUAACAGGGAUUAAACUGGAAGUAGAAGAGGAAACUUUAAAGAUUUUCCGACAACUUUUGCCCCAAAACUGGUUACGCCCGAAAAGUGGCGAAGUAUGCAAAUUGAGGAAAAUUGACGACAAGUGGGGUGUGGAAUGGCCGGGGUGUUUGCCCCCGAAAUUACCCAAAUUGCAGACUUUGAUAGAAGAGGCGCUUCAGAACGAGGCUUUGAUGGAUCAAGCCCUGGAACCGUUCCUGAUUGGGGCUAUUUUACAUUGGAGGAAUGUAGCGAGGAGUCUGACGUGGGUCUCUGCCCCCAAUCAGGACCUAUUCCAAAGUCUGGGGGUACAGAAUUUUGAUUUGCCGCUUUUGGCCUAUUGGACUGCUCAAUGUAGGAACGAAAAAAACUAGGGCUUCCACAAUGUGAUAAUAUGUGAUAGUUUGUUAAAAAUAUUUAUAUUUACCGAGUUUCAAUUAACAUUAUUUAACUUU